UAGCCUAGCUAGUAGCUACUGCAUACGUACGUACCUCCCUCCAGAAAGACGAGACACUGCUUGAUUUUUGAUUGAGCAACGCAAACGGAGAUUUCAGAUAGAGAGCAGCAAGCAGUCGUCUGUUUUAAGUAGGACUGGAGGAAUCAAAACAGAUAUCGCAUCCAUCUUAAAGUAAAAGAAUUAGCCGCGAGAGAGAGAGAGGGAGAGAGAGCCAGCCCUCUCUGUAACUUUUGGUGUUGCCUUUGUCUCCUCCUCCUCUUUGUUUCUACGCAAUGCUGUCUCUUCUUCCUUCCCGUCUCCAUUAGAUUUUGGAAAACGCUCUCUCUCCCUCUCUAGAUCACACGUGGUUUCUGGGAGAGUGGAAAGGCUUCUUGGAAAACUCAUCUUUCUCUUUGGACGACAUGGCUCAGCUUGUGGAGACAGUUGGCUCAAAAGGAGUCGUCAAAAGAACUGAAUUUGUCAGAAUCAUAACAAGGGCAUUGCACUCGCUUGGUUAUGAGGAGAUUGGAACCCUUUUGGAGAACCAAUCAGGAAUACCAUUGCAAUCACAAGAGAUUAGCUCGUUCAAGAACCAAGUGUUGGCUGGAAACUGGGAUCAAAGUGUGGAAACGUUGCAUGCGAUCAGUCUUCUGGACAAAUCAACCCUGACUUCUCAGGCAUCAUUCUUGAUAUGGGAGCAGCAGUUCCUCGAAUUUCUGAGGGACGAUCAUAUUCUUGAUUCCUUAAAUACUCUAAGGAAAAAAAUUGCGCCUCUUGAUAUAAAUUCUAACCGUGUUCAAGAACUUGCUUCCUGUACCAUCUCUCCUCCAGAGGAUCUAAACAUUGAGUCAAGGCCAGAGAUUCUAGAGAAACUACAUAACUUUCUUCCUCCGUCACUCAUGAUUCAUCCAACAAGGUUAGAAAGUAUUAUUGAGGAGGCUAUUAGUCUGCGACGAUUAAGCUGCCUGUAUCACAAUAUUUCAGAUAGAAAUGUCUCUUUGUACUCGGAUCAUAAGUGUGGAAUGAGCCGGCUUCCUUGUCAAGCAAAGCAGAUUCUGAGCAUGCACGUUGAUGAAGUCUGGUUUCUGCAAUUUUCACAUAACGGAAAGUAUUUGGCAUCAUCGUCCAAGGAUGAAUCAGCAAUCAUAUGGGAGGUUACAGAUGGCGGUGAAGUGUUAUUUGGGCAUAUACUUGGUCAUGAGAAACCAGUUUUGACUGUUUCAUGGAGCCCUGAUGAUGACCAGUUACUUACUUGUGGCGAAGGAGAGGUUAUCAAACGAUGGGAAGCCAAUUCGGGACGGUUGCUCCAUGUUUAUGAGAGAACUGAUUUUGGUUUUAUUUCCUGUGCAUGGUGUCCUGUUGGGUUUAUACUUGCUGGUACGACUGACCAGAGCAUCAUCCUGUUGGAUUUGGAAGGAGCGGAGCUGGAUUCUUGGAAAGACUAUGCACUCAGGAUGUCGGAAAUGGCCAUAACUAAUGAUGGAACUAGAAUCUUAAGCAUAUACGAAGAUAGCUCGAUAGCAGUGAUUGACAGGGAAAAGAAAAAAAUUUUGAGACUGCUUCCGCAAGAGGGUGUGAUUACUUCCUUCUCAUUAUCGAAUGACAACAAAGUCCUUCUCGUUAAUCUGCUAAACCGAGGAAUCCAUUUUUGGAGUCUUCUAGAAGGUUAUGAGGGCCUCAUCAGCAGAUAUGAAGGUCGGAUAAGCACACGAUUUAUCAUCAGAUCUUGUCUUGGUGGAUUAGAAGAAACAUUUAUAGCGAGUGGGAGUGAGGAUUCUCGGGUGUUCAUAUGGCAUAGAGGCCAAAGGAUUCCAAUCAUGCAACUGCAAUCAAUUCAUACAGGAACUGUGAACUGCGUGAGCUGGAACCCAACAAAUAUUCACAUGCUGGCUUCUGCUAGUGAUGAUCAUAAAAUUGUUAUAUGGGGUCCUCCAUCCUAGUCACGGAAGUUGAAGCUUCAGGGAUAUGAAAGGGAUGGGUUUUAAUCAAAGAAAUUGAAGCAAACUCUCAACAGCUAUAGCUAGCCAAGUAGCUAAAGUUCUUUUGAAGUAGAUUACUGAUCAGUGCUUAAUUGUGUGUGUGUGUGAAGCCUGUCUCGGUCUCAGCGUAUUUGCCUUGCUUUGCUUUGUAGUUUACCAUGGAUCAAGUAAUAAUAAUGUUUAGCAUUA